CAGACGGAGCUGUGCUGGAUCUCACGACUGUUUGAGAACAAAAGCUUCUUCAUGUUGAGAUGAUGCAGUAAGUGCGAGUGAUUCACAGCUGCUGCAGGAUCUCUUGUGGAUUUACUCAAGGAUCGAGAAGCUGGUCUGAGCUGGUUUGGAGAUGAUCAGGAUUCUGCUGGUUCUGGUUCUGUUCGGGUCGGCUCAGGGCAGGAGGGUCCGGGGUCAGGGGGGUCAGGCCGAGAGUUUUCCUCUAGAUUUCACAGCUGUGGAGGGAAACAUGGACAGUUUCAUGACUCAAGUGAAGAGUCUGGCUCAGUCCCUCUAUCCCUGCUCAUCUCAGAGACUGGACCAGGACAUGAAGCUGCAGUUCUUAGUGAACUCAUCCGUCACCUGUAAUGAUGGAACACCUGCUGGUUUCUACAUAAAAGAGUCCAGAGGCAGCCGGAGAUGGUUGAUAUUCUUGGAGGGUGGAUGGUACUGUUUCAGCAAACACACGUGUGACAGCAGAUACGAGACGAUGAGAUGGCUCAUGAGCUCCAGUAAAUGGCCUCUGACCAGAACAGGAACUGGUAUUCUGUCCCCACAGCCUGAGGAAAACCCACACUGGUGGAACGCAAACAGAGUGUUUGUACCGUACUGUUCCAGUGACGUUUGGAGCGGCUCAACAGCAAAGACAGGCCAGAAUGAUUACACGUUCAUGGGCUCUUUGAUCAUUCAGGAAGUUAUAAAGGAGCUUUUGACUAAAAAAGGACUCGACGAUGCUAAAGUUCUGCUGCUGGCAGGCAGCAGUGCUGGCGGUACAGGUGUUCUGUUAAACGUGGACCGUGUGGCGGAGCUGCUGAAGGAUUUGGGUCAUGGUUCGGUUCAAGUGCGAGGACUCGCCGACUCCGGCUGGUUUCUGGAUAAUCAACAUUACCGAAACACAGACUGUAUCGACAUGGUGAACUGCGCUCCGACUGACACCAUACAGAGAGGAAUCAGGUUUUGGGCCAGUGUGGUUCCAGAACACUGUCGUCGGGCGUUCGAGGGUGAAGAGUGGAACUGUUUCUUCGGCUAUAAAGUUCAUCCCACACUGAAGAGGCCGGUGUUUGUGGUUCAGUGGCUGUUUGAUGAAGCUCAACUGACCGCUGAUAAUAUUCACCUGACCGGACAGACUCUGCAGGAGGGACAGUGGAGAUACAUCCAGAAUCUGGGCAAUGAACUCAGAAACACCCUGAAAAACGUCCCGGCCAUGUUCGCGCCAGCCUGUUUGUCACAUGAGAUCAUCACUAGAAGUUAUUGGAUGGACAUCCAUGUGAAGGGUACGUCACUUCCGCGAGCACUCCAGUGCUGGGACCGCAGCCUCCAAAACAGCCUCCGUAACCACGGCAACAGCAGCAGCAUCGUUAGGGCUCCGCCCAGGGGUUGUCCCUCACACUUGAUUGACAGAUGUCCGUGGCCCCACUGCAACCCGACGUGCCCGAUGAUCAGAGACCAGCUGACGGGACAGGAACUGAGCGUUGUCCAGUUUCUCACUCUCCUGGGCUUCGAUGUGCAGCGGAUGGCGCAACAGCAGGGCAUGGACCCCAACAAAUUAUUGGGCAUGCUCAGUAACGGCACAUGA